ACAGACUCCUAAAGGUCUGCCUGUAAGUGUUGAACUAAAAGAAGAUUUAUUUUCUCCGCACCAAAUCUUGAAUCUUCUCAGCUUAAACAUGCGUGAGUGCAUCUCCGUCCACGUGGGUCAGGCUGGAGUCCAGAUUGGCAAUGCCUGCUGGGAGCUCUACUGCCUGGAGCAUGGGAUCCAGCCAGACGGACAGAUGCCCAGUGACAAAACCAUUGGAGGAGGAGACGACUCCUUCAACACCUUCUUCAGUGAGACUGGGGCUGGAAAGCAUGUCCCCAGGGCUGUGUUUGUGGACCUGGAGCCCACAGUUAUUGAUGAGGUGCGAACUGGGACCUAUCGCCAGUUAUUCCAUCCUGAACAGCUCAUCACUGGCAAAGAGGAUGCUGCCAACAACUACGCUCGUGGACACUACACUAUUGGCAAAGAGAUCAUCGACCUGGUGCUGGACAGGAUCCGCAAACUGGCUGACCAGUGCACAGGCCUUCAAGGCUUCCUGGUUUUCCACAGCUUUGGAGGUGGGACCGGCUCUGGUUUCACUUCCCUGCUUAUGGAGCGCCUGUCUGUUGACUACGGGAAGAAGUCCAAGCUUGAGUUCUCCAUCUACCCAGCUCCCCAGGUGUCCACAGCUGUGGUGGAGCCCUACAACUCCAUCCUGACCACCCAUACCACCCUAGAGCACUCUGACUGUGCCUUCAUGGUGGAUAAUGAGGCUAUCUAUGACAUCUGCCGUAGGAACCUCGAUAUUGAGCGUCCUACUUACACCAACCUCAACAGGCUCAUUAGCCAGAUCGUUUCCUCCAUCACUGCUUCCCUUCGAUUUGAUGGUGCCCUCAAUGUUGAUCUGACAGAGUUCCAGACCAACUUGGUGCCCUACCCCCGUAUCCAUUUCCCUCUGGCCACCUAUGCCCCAGUUAUUUCUGCAGAGAAGGCUUACCAUGAGCAGUUAACUGUCUCUGAGAUCACCAAUGCCUGCUUUGAGCCGGCCAAUCAGAUGGUGAAAUGUGACCCUCGUCACGGCAAGUACAUGUCAUGCUGCCUUCUGUACCGUGGUGACGUGGUACCCAAAGAUGUCAAUGCUGCCAUUGCCUCCAUCAAGACUAAACGUUCCAUUCAGUUUGUUGACUGGUGCCCAACUGGUUUCAAGAUUGGCAUCAACUAUCAACCUCCCACUGUGGUCCCUGGUGGAGACCUGGCCAAAGUCCAGAGGGCUGUGUGCAUGCUGAGCAACACCACUGCUGUGGCAGAGGCCUGGGCUCGGCUUGACCACAAGUUUGACCUGAUGUACGCCAAACGUGCCUUUGUUCACUGGUAUGUGGGUGAGGGUAUGGAGGAGGGAGAGUUUGCUGAGGCCAGAGAGGACAUGGCAGCCCUGGAGAAGGAUUAUGAAGAGGUGGGACGUGACAGCGGGGAAGGAGAUGAGGACGGGGAAGAGUAUUAGAAAUGGCUGUCUUUCUUCCUCUGUCUUUCAAACUUUUUAUCACCCUCCUCUUUCACUUCUCUUUUCCACCUUUAUCUUUUCAUUCUCCCUUUUCAUAGAUCCACAUUUUCUAUUAUUUCCAUCCACUACACUCCUAACCUCAGUCAAAAAGCACUUUAAUUUUGACAAGAAAUGUACAUUGUAUGGAAAACUACAUGUUUACUUGUCGUAAUAUUCAGGUUCCCCUUUAGAGGUGUUCAUACCAUUAGUUUAUAAUCCUCUCCCUUAUGUGUAUUCUUAUAUAGGUGGCUUAGACAAAUUCAUUGGUUUCUAGGAACACUGUUAACAGUCACAGAAUUUCAAAUAAUGUUUAUCAGUGGAGGCUGCUGAGGGGAGGACAGCUCAUAAUAAUGGAUGGAAGGGAGUCAAUGGAAUGGUGUCAACCACAUGGAAACCACGUGCUUGAUACCAUUCCUUUGACUCCAUUCCAGACAUUAUUAUGAGCUGUCCUCCCUCAGCGCUGCUGUCUAUUAUGGAUUCAUAAUCAUCUAGAAAUUAUUUGUUUGAACUACUAACUUAAAUAAUUUAAAGUUUAAAUAAUUUCAGUAUUGAACUUUGUCAUGAGACCUUUUCUUUAAAAGAGUGGUGUUUGUGUUUGUUAGUUUGCUUUGCUACCUAACCACUUUCAUGUCUAGAGGGCAGUGUUGUGCAAUAAAUACAUGUCCAUUUC